AUGUCCUGCCAGCAAAACCAGCAGAGGUGCAAGUUCCCUGUCAAGUGCCUCCCCAGGUGUUCACACAAGUGGCCACCUCAAGCCCCACAGGCCCCACAGACCCCACAGGCUUCCCAGGGCCCACAGGCCUCUGCUCCUUGCCCAGGUCCCUGCCCAGCUGCCUGCCCCCAACCUGCUCCCUCCUGCUGUGUCCCCAGUUGCUGUAUCACUGGCUUUGGAAGCUGCUGCUCUCUGGGCCAAAUCUCCAUGCUGCCCACAGAAACCUCCAUGCUGCCCACAGAAACCUCCAUGCUGUCCACCAAAAUCUCCACACUGCCCUCAGAAGCCCCCGUGCUGCCCACAGAAGCCUCCAUGUUGUCCACACAAGCUCCCUUGUUUCCCGCAGAAGCCCCCGUGUUGCAUUCAGGCCAAGUGCUGCUGUCUGGAGCCCAAGCCUGA